AUGCUAUGGCACAAGUCAACACAGAAUGCCGUCACCUAUCGCAGUUCGUGUGCUUCACGUGGACAUCACGCGGUGGAUUAUCACAUUCCCGAUUUCGAUGGGACCAAUUCUUCGUGUCGGUGUGCUCGUGGUCCACAAGUGUAUAGGUGGCCACCAGAGCGCGUUCCAGAGGAUCUCACGUGUGCGGAUUCCUGGUACGACCUGACGUUGUGUGUGCGAGUGAAGUCCUCGUCUGAGCCCAUGGAGACGAGGUUGCACCAGCGAUUGAAGAUGCUUGAUAAGGACUGCGAACACGGUGACGAGGAAUCAGCUCUACUUCGUUGGUUCGAGUUGGAGGGUCACGAGUUGGAGGGUGGUGAGGGUGGAUACGACAUGUAUCCGUUGGCCAUCAAUCUCACCGACACCCUGGCUGCCAUUACCAAUGGGAAACCAGCACCGUAUGCCCCAAUCACCAAUCCUAACAUCAAACUCAUUCGCACCAGUCGCACUGCCUGUGCACCUCACGACCAGGACUCGAAGGACGUCUACGACCUUGUGGUUAUCUACAAAUCUGCGUCAUACCACUUCGACGAGAGAAGGCGCAUUCGUGAAGUGUAUCGCAAUCUACCAGGUCGCAUUCGCGUUGUAUUCUCACUAGGUCAACCGCGCGCCGAUGUGGCAGGCAAUCUGAUCCACAUGAACGGUGGCUACGACAUUCGAAUGCCAGAGACGUCGGGUGCCAAUGCAGUGGAGAGGGCACGAUGGGCAACCGAGGCUCGGGAGAGAGCGUUGGCGGAGUCAGACGAGUUCGGUGACAUGAUCAUUGGCGACUACGUGGAUACCUAUGUGAACUUAACCUACAAGCUCAUAACGAGCCAUCGAUGGGCUUCUGCAUUUUGCCAAGGCAAAUCCGACGUUUUUCUAUUCAUCGACGACGACUACGUGUUCAACGCGAGGAGUGUGCUCAAUUACCUGAAUGGUCUGACAAAGUCGGAUCGUCGCCAACUGCUCAGUGGACAACUAAUGAUUUGGGAGCGUGUGAUUCGUGCGAUUGAGGACGCCAGUGAAAAUAAGUGGGCUGUGUCUCGAUAUGAGGUUCCGUGGCCGCAGUACCCACCUUACGCAAGCGGAGCGGUGACGUUUGUCGGUGCAGAUGUACUCACGGAGCUGGUCGUAGCCGAAGCCUACACGCGCUUUCUGUGGGUGGAUGAUGCGUUCAUGGGCUUCGUCGUAGCUAAAUUGCCACAUCUGCGAUUCCACAGCUUGAAGGACUUUAAUAACUGGAAAGCUCUCAUUGUGCAUAUUAACACCUCAAGUUCUCAUUGA